AUGGAUGAGCCCACCCCACCGCGGCUUUCCAGUAUUCUAGUGGAGGGCAUAAUCAACCACAUUGCCUUACCCCCUAGUCUACCGGGAAGGCAAGAGAAACACUUAAUCGAAAUCGAGGAAGAACUUCUUCGCCGCUUGCAAGCAGCGACUCGCAAACUCCAGCGCCAAUCUAAUGGCGGCCUUGGUGAUCUCUGGGACAAAGUGCGCCAGAUAUUAGAAAUUUGUAAAUCUACAAAUUCUCGCAAGAAACUGGACAAAUCUCGACUGGUGAAUGAAUUUGGACACCUACAACGCGACGUCCCUGUAAUUUUACAUAUUACAGAGCAGAAUGCUGGACUCAUCGUCUGGCGGCAAACCAAUGAAACCCGGGGCGAUCAUGUUCUUUUUGAGGCAUUCGAAGCGUCUGCGAUUUCGGAAAAAGUUCUUGCUGCGGAAAAUGCAUUAUUAUGGGACUUUCCAGGGGAGGCCAUCGCCAUGCCGUAUACAGAAUUUGCUCGGGCUACGUUUCAAGAUAGUUUUGCCGGAUUUUUGGAGCAAGCUAGCACAGAAUCGAUCAAACGUUUCACCGCUCGUGCCGCAAAAGCCGGCUCUUCUCCCAUUGAAGAUCGAGACACAGUCAAUCCUGCGUUAAUCGCACAGGUGCUCAUGACACUUCUUGAGGCAAACGGCACUCGUGUAUUUCCUGUGUUACUCCGCAAGCGCGUUCGGGACGACGUUUGUUGGGCAUCUGGCGCCGAAAAACCAUGGAGGCGUUCUGCAUUUUGGCUUGUCAUCCGUGUUUGCCUCGAGAGAUAUUUUUGCUCCACCUGCGGCGAGGAAAUAGGGCGGUUGCGUUACAAGUCUUUGCUUUGCACUCUACUAUCAUCCCUUAUAGAUGAUUCUUUUGAUUCAAUUUCCGUUGAAUCGUUGACUCUAUUGAAAGGAAAACUGGCUCGACGACUCGCAAAAUUGCAGAUAGACGGGAAAAACCUGCCAGCCAAUAUGAAGGUUGUUUAUGAAGAAUUGCUGGGGGAAACGGCCGCUCGCUGUCAAAAGUCUCUACAACAUGCCACGGAGCACAUCGAACAUGUUUGGUCCAAUUUGAAGGCUCGCAUGAAACGGCCAAUUCCUCAACUCCCUCUUCACGCAGAUAAAGAAUCAGUCACAUUGUCCCUUCCAAAUAGUAAACAAUACCUGCAAAAAGUGAUGGAAAAUCAUAGACUUUUGAGAAAGUCCUCCAAAUAUCGCGGGAAAUGCGAAGCUCUAUCCAAAUUUAUUACCUCUGGGGAUAAUUAUUUUUCAAAGUUCGCUACCCGCUAUUAUGCCUUAUCAGACCUCGAAGAAUCAAAUGUUAAAUUAUCUUCAGGUGACAGCCCAGGCCAAGAAAACGAACGCUGUACGGAAAUUGCAUCAAGGAUUGAGCAUUAUCUAAAAGAAGUAUCCGAUGCUUAUGAUAAUAGCCCGGAACAGAAAAGCGUUAUGAUUCUUAGUGUUUUACGGCUCUGGAUGGCUAUGGAUCAGUGUGCAGUAGCCUUAUUUGGGUUACUGAAAGAUUUCCAUCCGGCAAUCGCGCCGGCCGCGCUGGAUGUCUUACAAUUGCCCAUGCUCGCUGAUAUGCUUGAGCUCAGGGUACUUCAAGGCUACCUUCGAGACCGUUGUGAUAAAGCAUCUCACAGAACCAUUUUUGAUGAGCCUACGAAGGGUUGCUUUGCUGAAAGAUACUAUGACGAGUCAACCGAGUCAGUGCAAUUACGUUCACUUCAUUUAGAAAUAGAGCUUCAGGCUCAGUCCGACUUGAAAAAAAAGGAGGCGGAAUGGCGAAAAUUAAGCGAUGAUUUUGAGCAGUUGGAAAGAGAGAUAGCAGAAAGCAGCUGCGUGUUUAGCACGCUUGAUUCCGAGGAGUUAGUCCACGACGUUAAGCAAUGCCGGAAAUGCUUCCUUCAGCGUAAUUCGAGGCGCAUGAAGAUCGGAGUUCAUGAAUACCCUCUUCCUUCGAGCCCCUCCGAGGUGAAGGCUGUCAUAUUCGAGCUUGCUUGUCCAGCCUCGUUCAAGGCAUACCGAAAUGCAACUUGGCGCCUAAUAUGCGCGGUGGGAGCCUUGAGUCAAACGCAGUCUUUCAAGCCCGAACUGCUCCUUGACGACUAUUCUCAGCUUCAAAAAUAUAUGUGCCGAGAUUCUUACGAUAUCUGCCUUGCUUCUAAAACCAAAUCAUUUUUGCGUACACAUUAUAAUGGGAUGCGCUUCCCCAUUUCCUUAGAUGGUGUCUGCCUUCCAAAUGGUUUACGACUUUCAUAUUUCGACGUUAGAUCGGAAAUGUGGGUUAGCAGGCAUCCUCAAGCCUUGAGCUUUGCGCGUCAUUUUACGAUGUAUUUACCCCGGACCUCUCCCUUUAGCUCUAUAGGGCUGUCAGUUGGUUUUAGCGCUCCAUCAUCGUACGAAGUCAUUGCGAGUCAAACACAAUGUCCCGCGGGAUUGAAUCUUCAUGAGUUUCUUGCAUAUAAGAGUCUAUUUUCUGGGAAUAGCAGACGAUGGCCUUCGAUACUUAUUGAGCUUGGUUCAACUAACCUAAAUUUGAGUACCGAAGCCACAACUUCAUUAAUAUCUCAGUUGGCAAUUCAAGCUGGGCCUGCAGACGACGAGGACCCCCUACGUGUUGCGCACAAAACUUUUCGAGACUCAUUGUUCUGUCAGAAGUUGAUGGAGCAGAUUUCCCAACGACUUGAUAGCAUAUCCUCUAAUUGGAGAGAGACAAACUGCAUGGACAUGUUGUUGACUCUUAUUCUCAGGUUAUAUUCGAUUGGGCCAAUUUCUUGUCGUGAAGAAUGCAAGAAGAUACUCGAGAAAGGGCGUAUUAUCACAGCCCAGUGGAUUGUCCAAUUAAGAACUGAAAUACAUCAGUCUACAGAUGUGGCUGGGAUGGAGAGGUUUGCAAGCUUUGCGUUUUGGGCUGCAUUACUUUGUAGAAGGACCUUCUCUAUUUUUGUCGGUGACGUUGGACAUUUAAAGAUGACAAAUGAUGGGCUCUGCUGUUUCAUUGAAGCUUCAAUUAUGUUACAAGACGCCCUUCCGGUUGAUCUUGCUCGGCUCUCGCCAUUGGCAAAAAACGCACUUAUUAGAGAUUUGAAGAUGGUGUAUCGGAUGGGGCCGUUACUCCACAGCUACAUUUUAUCCUCGCCACAUUCCUUUUCCGUAUCGAUUGAUGCAUUUUGGCCUCAACCUGAGGGCAGCAUGCCUCGAGACUAUUCUACUGUUGAAGUUCAAGAAGCUCCAUAUCGUUGGUGGGUCUGCCUAUCCCCCGCCCCCAAGGAAAAUACGAGGCAGCAGACAAUACAUUAUCACCUUCUUGAAGGCCACUUGCUUUUUGAUGGCCAACCGUUGAAACAAUUACCUGCAGAGCACAAAACCUCUGUGGUAUUAGAGCAACUCUUUGGGAAGCAGCGGCUUCUCACCAUACCUUCACCCGUUUUUGGCAUGGAUUAUUUGCUCGCUUUCCCAAUAAAUGGCCAUCAAAUCCAUAUUGGAUUCGUUGAACAUAAAUUGGUGGUUCAAGCACAUAUAAAUGGCUCUAUCCUUGAAUACAUUCCUCCCCACAUUUUUGGAAACCCAACAAAUUUCGAUUUGCCCGGUUCGCUUGUUUUGAACUGUGUUCAUUGGCUAAAUUUGAAUACUGGGGUCAUGGAGAUUAGAAAACAGCCUGAAAUAUGGAAAAAGAAGCUUAGUAACUGGACGGUGGAUAUCAACACUGGAGAAGCGUGGAGACGACGAACAUUCCAAACCAAAGGCAGUAUGCUUGUCGACCCGCACAGUCGUUUGUUCAAGCUUGCCGCGCGAAUUUUUGACCACUUUGAAUAUCGCAACGGCUUGACCAUAUUCCAACCUCCCAAUGGCAAACUUGCAAUUGAGCUCCGCCGUUUAGAAUUGUCCUUUUUCGUAAACUUUAAAGGCUUGCUACAGUGUCGGGAGUUAAACGCAGAAAUAGAUCCAGACCAAGAUGCGGGAACUUGGUAUGGUCUAGAUAGCAAAAUCAUCCUCCGGGAUGUCUCGAAUGGUUCUCGUCGUAUUAUUCUCGUUCCCAUAGGGAAAAUCCAUGCCGUCCGCAACGAUUGUCAUGUCUCAAUACAAGUUGAAAAUGAAGGAGCAUACGGGAGAUAUACCAUUAACAACGUACUUGGACGCCUUGAUUGCCCGGCCGAACCGGUCUUGUUAUACCAGAAAGCUAGAUUCCAUGCCUAUACUUCGUUUUUUGUGCCUGAUCCUCUUACUGGACGUACCGGAACAGAAGAAGCCCUUAAUUGCUUACUUUCUGCCCGCUGCCAGCCAUGGACCACGCUCAACAUAGGGCCUAUCCAAGCGUUGGAGUCAAUUCUGAAGCUGGUUCCAAAGAGAGCGUAUUACCCAAGCGGUUUGAAGACGAUGCAAAAUGUUACAUGGGAUCACUCUUUAACGACAGUCAUUCAGCAUGAGGGACUCUGGCCUGCGAUUAAUAACAUUAUCGCAAAGGCAAAGAUUCUUUCUUCAUUUUCACUCAAAGGGGAUAUUGAGAUGCCGGAUAUCGGACUCUCAGGUGAUACCUUUUUAUUGAUGCGGGCCUAUUGGAGGCGGAACCUCUAUCAGCGUGCAGAUUCUGGGUUUCCGCGGUUGAAUCCACCUCCUGACUUGAAAUAUGAGGCACGCGACAACUUUAUCAGCAAUAAGUCCCGCCUCAAUGUCUAUGAGAGCGUGAGCUUAAUAAGGAGCUGGUCACCGGAUGUUUGCGUAGCCAUCGAUUUUGCCAUGUCAAUACAGAAUUGGAAUAUUGGUGGCUUCGAUUCAGUCUUUGACAAGUUCCUAAUUUCUGAUUUACUCAAUAUUCAAUAUGAUUCCUACCUGGGAUCCCUUGUUAACCUCUGUCGCUUGGCUGACUGCAGCGAAAAACACCGGUUAAUGUUCAUGUUUGCUAUUAUGUCGUUUAGAUCAGAUGUUAAUAUGUUGAUUAUUCGAACCAUUAUUGCGUUUGCAAUUAUUGAUACCUUAAAAGAAAUAGAGCCUCCGAAAUGGCCAUCCUACGUGAACUUCAGGUAUCGACAACUACCCACUAUUCAAUACCUUAGACAGCUGAUCAGUCCUUGCUGCACUCCAUAUGCUGGAGAUGAGAGAAAUUUCUUUCAGCUGAGUUAUAAAACACGACGAGACCGUGAAGCAAAGGAAUAUGCUUAUGAACAGCAACUUGAAAAAGACAGCAGAAUGUUUGCGGAGUGUCUUCUUAACCAGUGGCCAUGUGCGGAGCCGAAGAUCGAUAUGCCACCCAAAGUUCUUAUCGAUCUGCCUCGUGCCAUGAGUAUUAUCCACACAGAGUGGCUCCGUCUGUUUCAAAACAUGGAGCUCUCUGAUUAUGUCGAAAAGGUUCAACAUGUUCUAAACCUUCAUUCGGCUCCGCGCCGUUUUUCACUUCCUUAUUAUUGCGACUACAAACGAUCGAUAAUCGAACCAAAAAGCCGCGAAGCCGUCAUUCCGUCUCUUCAGUAUACCCUACUUUGUCACAAUUUAGCGAAGCCUGCAUUUAUUGCCCUCCGAAACGAAAAAAAUACUACCACUAAAGUGCCUUACGUGGUUGAAGCCGUACGAGACAAUAGUAAUGCUCAAAGCUCAUCAAAAAAACUUGAAAACAGUGCAAUUUCGGAUCUCGAUGAAAUAGACGAGCUGACGAGUAUUGUGAAUCAGUUAAAAAAUUCCACUUCAGUGGUACAAAACCAGUAUUGCCUUGAUAUGUUGCAGAGUAUUGAAGCUUUGAAAAGGAUUAAUGUUACAAAUAAUACCCGACUUGAGAUAGGGCUGCCAGAGCUCAACGUUACAAGGGAUCGUGUGCAAAUGGUUUACAAUUAUAUCAAUAGUAUCUUUGACAAGCUUGAUUCACGCUCAAAGUGGCUUAAGGACGGUGGAUUAUGGCCAUGUAUCACUCCGAUAAGCCUUCUUGAACAGCUGCGGUCCUCUUCCCAUGUCAAAUUUGGUAUGUAUAUGAAAGAGGUCAUAAUGGAAUAUGCUCUCUCCAUUGUGUCGUUUCAGCGAUCCCUCAGGAUUGAACAUGCACGCCUCAAAGGCAAUUACCCACGUGUUACCACUGAAACAGAAAAUAUCCCUCAUGUAAACUGGGAGCCAAUGGAUCACCCCGAUUGGAUUUUACUUGAAAUCGAGGCAGAUAUAUCCAUCAGGCAAGAGCAGGUAGAUGUUGCUAGGGCUACAAUCUCUCCUACGACAGCUGCGAACUCGGUAUUGCAAAUGAAUAUGGGACAAGGUAAAACGUCGUGUAUCAUGCCUAUGGUUGCUGCUGAGCUGGCAGAUACCACAAGACUCGUAAGGCUUGUUGUUCCCAAGGCACUACUGGCCCAGACAGCUCAGUUGCUACAAACCAGACUUGGAGGCUUAAUUGGUCGUGAAAUUCGCCAUAUUCCAUUUGCUCGCAAGACUCCGACCGAUUUUGAAAUGAUCAAAGAGUACUUUGAUGUUCAUAAAUAUCUAAAGCACUCGUCUGGCGUCAUCGUGACACUCCCAGAACAUAUCCUCUCCUUCAAGUUGAGCGGGCUACAGAGACUAUCAGACGCUCGCAUUGGAGAAGCAAGGACGAUGGUCAAAAUACAUACCUGGAUGCAGAAAUGGUGUCGGGACAUAUUAGACGAAUGUGACUUUACUCUUGCCACUAGAACCCAACUCAUUUACCCGUCUGGUUCACAAAGUACUGUGGACGGUUAUCCCAAUCGGUGGAAAUCUACACAAGAGCUGCUUCAACUGGUAAGUGGGCAUUUAUGGAACCUUCGCCGGGAUUUUCCACAGAGCAUCGAGGUCAUCCCAAGACAAAGCGGUGGGUUUCCAGUUGUCUUUUUCCUUCGUAGGGAUGUGGAAGAUGAGUUGAUUACACGGCUGAUAAGGGAUGUUAUUCGUGGCCAAACAUCUAUCCUUCCAAUGGGUGAUCGCAGCCAUGAGGAUCGCAUGGCUAUCAAGUCAUUCAUACAAAACUCAACAGUUCCUCAAACAACCACAAAAGCCAUUGAAAGCAUGUUUGCCAAUAACAUUGGUGCAAAACAAAACAUUUAUCUCUUGAGAGGGCUGUUUGUUCAUCGAAUUCUUCUCCUGAGUCUUAAAAAGCGAUGGAAUGUACAAUACGGGCUUCACCCUGACAGAGACCCCAUUGCCGUUCCAUUUACGGCUAAAGGUGUACCAUCUGAGCAAGCAGAAUGGGGUCACCCAGAUGUUGCUAUUCUGUUCACCUGUUUGGCAUUCUAUUUUGGAGGCCUUACACGGACUCAACUACGACAAAGUUUAAUACACUUGGUGAAAUCCGAUGAUCCAUCAAGUGAAUAUGAUCGCUGGACCCAGACCUCCUACUCACUUCCUGAUGUUCUUCGGGAAUGGAGUGUAGUUGAAACCAAUGAUGAGGCACAGCUGGUAGAACUCUGGAAGCAUCUUCAAUACCAGGUGGCGGCAAUUGACUAUUUCCUGAACCACUUUGUUUUCCCCAAGCAUGCAAAACAGUUCCAAGUGAAACUUCAGGCCUCUGGCUGGGAUAUUCCUCUGUUCUCUCCUCAGAAUCAGAGACCAGCAUUAACAACAGGCUUCAGUGGGACUAAUGACAAUCGUACUUUGCUUCCAUUGAUGAUAAGACAGCAAGAUCUUCCUGCAUUGUCACAUACCAAUGCGGAGGUUUUAACCUACCUGUUACAACCACGUAACCGGCGUUAUUUAUUCGCUGCAUGCAGCUCCAGAAAACGAUUGUCCAAAAUAGAUCUGCUAUACCUUCUCCAAAAGCAGAAGAUUAGAGUACUGAUUGAUUCUGGGGCUCAAAUUCUAGAAAUGGAUAAUAAAACUUUGGCAAGAGAAUGGUUAAAAAUUGACUAUGAGGUCUCAGCAGCACUGUAUUUUGAUUCUGAAAAUAAGCCUAUUGUUCUGUACCGAAAUGGCGCUCAAACACCUUUAUUAGCAUCCCCUUAUGCUGAUGAUCUUGAGGGCUGCCUUGUCUAUUUAGAUGAGGCUCAUACACGGGGAACAGAUCUCAAAAUGCCUCCCAAUGCUGUUGGCGCAUUGACACUAGGACUGGGUCAAACAAAGGACCAUACAGUUCAAGCUGCUAUGAGAUUGCGCCAGCUUGGAACAACACAGUCGGUUGUGUUUUGCGCGCCUCCAGAGGUACAUCAAAGUAUCUUAGAUCUGCAGGGGAAACAGAAUGGUGAUAGACUUGAUUCACGAGAUGUUGUAUGCUGGCUCUUGAAACAAACCUGUUUAGGAAUUGAGCAAAUCCAGCCGCUGUACUAUUCUCAGGGAAUGGACUUUUGCAGUCGUACUCAAGCAAGCUUAGAUAAUCCUCACUUCUUAGAAGACCCAGAACAGCAACGGAAAUAUUGCAAUGCCAUUCGACAAAACGAAAAGCAAACCUUGGAGCAACUUUACCGACCAGUUUCGAAGCCUAAUGUUUCAGUUCGGUUUACUUCCUAUGCGCCUGAGAUCGCAAAGUUUGUAAAAGAGUUGAAAACGCGGCGAAAGGGGUUUCAGGAUUUUGGAAAUGCAGUGCAUGGGUCGGCGUUGCAAGAGGUAGAACAGGAGAGGGAGGUUGCUUUCGAAGUUGAGGCCGUUCGGGAGGUCCAGAAACCAACACGCUAUACGGGCCUCUCUUUUCCUGGACUACACCAAGAUAUUUUGAACUUUGCUACAACUGGCAAACUCUCUGGUUAUGCAGGUUUUCAGCAUGCGUUUGUAUUUUUGAAAGAAACGGGGGUGGGACAGAAGCAUGGCAUUAACCCACAGGCGGCUGCCUCGAACUUGUUUGUAUCCAAAGAGUUUAUGCGAACAGUAAAGCUACCUCAGGGCCGCACAAAUGACAAUUUUCUGCGCCCGGUGAACUGGUUAAUUUGGAGUUUUGAAUCCGAAACGGCAAUGAUCAUUAUUCCUGAAGAGGCCGAUAUUUUAAUUCCUAUGUUUCAACGUGCAAUUAAUAAUGGCACGCACUUGAUCACAUACGCAGCACCUGUCACACGGAAAAUGUUACAUUUCAACAAUCUAACGUUUUAUGCGAUUCCGACCUUGCCUCAAAAUUGGAGAGGACCUAAGUGGCUGACAAUUCAACUAGGCAUACUAGCGGGCCGCGUAUACUUUGAGUUUGAAGAAUAUCAAGAUCUUUGUGAAUAUUUAGCCAUAGAAGAUGCAACAAAGUACUCAGAUGAUCUAUUUGAUUCCCCGAUGUCGCCUACCCCUUUCCCACCCGGUUCAGAAAAGGACACGACCAUUUCUACGGAAAUAAUCGCUAAAUCUGAGAACGCCAGUACAUUUACAGGAAGGCCUCUAGUGUUCCUUCAGGACUGGCUAAGCUUAAAGCGAAGAGGUCAGGAGUUUACCCAUACCCCGAUGGGCUAUGUCUGUCAAGGGAAAUCUCUAAGCGAUAGUCACCCCUUCUUCUCAAACGCAACCCUGCCGCCAGUGACAAAACCAAGUUGCACACUCCAAAAGCAAAAAAUGAAGAGGAAUGAAGUGGAAGAGAAGUUUGAGUCGGACUUUGAAAGUGAGGAAGAGGCCGACGCCCACAAUGUAUCGGAAGAGAGCGACGAUUCUAGCAAAGCAUACGGAUUAGGUACAGAGGCUAAUGCCAGCCAUGUAUUUUCCGAGGCUGAAAGCAGGGAUGAUGGCGAGGCAUCCGAAUCCGAUACCAGCCCUGAAUCAGCAGAAGAAAGUGAUGGUGACGAAACAUCCGAAUGCGAUACCAGCGAAAAAUCAUCAGAGGAAGAAGGCGGAAAUGAUAACUAG